AUGACGAAGAAAGCCAAAAUCCACUCCAACUCCUGCUCCAGCCUCCUCACCUUCUCACCAAUCCCCAAGAGUUUGUGCGAAGUGUCUGUUCUCGACAUUCCAGCGCCAAUAAUACAUGCAGUCCCUCCCGAAAUCUGUGCUCAAAUCGCUCAAUGCUCUACUCGUCAAACAGUGUCACGACUCUCAUUGUCUUCUCACCGACUCUACUAUGUCUUCUCCCCAUUGCUCUAUGAAAACAUCGGCAACCUUACAUCAACCCAAACCGCCCGCCUUCUACAGACACUCAACGCCGGUUCAUGCACAUGGCGAACAAAUCCAGCACUCUUCAUCGCCAAACUUUCCCUUGUCGAAGUCCCGAAAGAAAAUCUGAAAUUUGACGCGUCCCAAACGGCCCUCCAAAACAUGCAUGCAGCCUCAGCAUCACGUCUUCGCAGUUUGCAUUGGGGUAUAACAUCUGGCAUCGACAAGCUAGGCGCCGUAAUUUCAACUGAAAAUUUUCCGCGUCUGAAGGAGCUGUUCGUGUCGUGUGGAGAUGGCGGAGAAGUCAACACUUUCAGCUUCAUGAAUAAGGGCGGGCUAGAGGCAUUGGGUAUCACACUGGAGCUCGACCUUGAGAGUCCAAAAAUCAACCAUGUGACCGCAGACCGACUGCUAUACAAACUAGCCGAAGCAAUACGGGCUCUCCCUCUCACUUCCCCUGAUCUUUACACACUUCAACUUCAUGUCCAAGUUCACUAUCCCUUAGAUGAACUGCCCGACGCUCUCUCAGACCUCGUUGAUGCACUGAACAGCCUAAAAUUCCGCUCUCUUCAAAGUCUUGACGUCUGCCUCAAGUGCAUUCCUGUAUUUGACGAUGAUGACUACCUCUGUAUCGACCUGACCACUUUCCUCAAUGCUCACCCGCAACUCACAAAGCUGAUUCUAAAUGUUCCUGAUACCAAACUCGACAAACCUGCUUUUAUUUCCUCUCUCCGCUCUUUCAGUGGAAGUGUUGUCGAUGCAACACAUCUUCUUCAACAGAAAAAUAUUCGUCUCGAAGAACUCAACGUUGUUCACAUCCACGAUUCUUUCUAUGACCCGCCUCUUUUUCUUGUUCCGGUGUUUCCGUCGCUAUCCUCGCUAACGAAACUUUCGCUCUCCGCCAAUAACCAUGGCGGCAAUAUGCUCAAGCCAUUCAACCACGUAUCACCGUUAUCACUUCAAUCAAUUGCUACGUCGUUUCCCAACCUCACACACCUCAGUGUUCCAAUCAGCGACUGUAUGUCGGCAUAUAAAACUUGCUUGUGGUGUCUCCCUCGUCUCCAAGAACUCCGUUUAUGCGAAUACCGCGUCCAAGAUAUUCCGAUGGGUUGUCCACUUGCUGAGCUGUUCCCAAGUAUCAUGUUCGUGUCUGAGAUUCGUCUUCUUCUGGGUUCGCUGUCAGAGUUAAGGCUGGUUGCGGUCACGUUACUCGUGGACGAUGGGAGCAUGGACGACUUUUGCCUCGAGUGCGGCUGCCGGUCGGACGUGUAUGUGGCGCGGAUGCUGGAUCACGAGGAGAUGCGUGUCGAGUACGAGUUUGUUGUGUUGCGCCAGGAGGAAGUGGUGAUGACAUUUUCGGAGUUCGUCGACAAGAGAGUUAGGCGGAGACCAAGAACUGUUCCAAGUCAUGCGGAGUAG